UAUCCGGUGGCCGCGGUGAAAGUGGUGGCUCAGUCAUGCCGGCUGCCGAGGGUAAUCAGUUGAUCUCUGUUCAUCCUAAUGAUCUCAAAUUCGUUAUUGAGCUUGAAAAGCCAAGUUUUUGUGAUCUUAAGGUGGUGAACAACACAGAGAACCAUGUUGCAUUUAAGGUUAAAACGACUUCACCAAAGAAGUACUUCGUCCGACCGAACACCGGCAUCGUACAACCGAUGGACUCGUGUCUUAUCCAAGUCACUCUUCAAGCGCAACGGGAGUAUCCGCCGGAUAUGCAAUGCAAAGACAAAUUCCUGCUUCAGAGUACUAUCGUGCCCCCGAAUACCAAUGUCGAUGACUUACCGACCGAUACCUUCAAUAAGGAUGGUACUAAGGAUAUAAGGGAGUGCCAGCUUAAAGUUCACUAUAUAUCUCCUUCUGCUCAAGGGAAUUCAGGGGUUGAAGUAUACAAGAGCUUCCCGGAUCAGAGCCCCAAUUCGGACUAUACUUUGCAGCACCUGAAAGAAGAACGAGACGCCGCGGUCCGGCAAACACUGCAUCUCCAACAAGAACUGGGUUUACUGAAGAGGAGAAGACAACGGAGGAACGAUCCCGGAUUCUCGAUCGUGUUCGCAGGCGUCGUGGGAGUGGUAGGGAUAAUAGUUGGGUUCGUGUUGAAACUUUACUUGUCCAAUGAAUAG